AUGGCUAGGGCUUACGACAAUUGGGAGAGGCUGGUUCGAGCGACGUUGCGGAGAGAGCAGCGUCGACAUCCCGGUAAAGGCCAUGAGAGGACUACUAGUGGGAUUGCCGGUGCUGUACCUGAUUCGCUUCAAAGAACCACCAAUAUUAAUUUGAUUCUUCAAGCUGCUGAUGAGAUUCAAUCCGAGGACCCCAAUGUUGCGCGGAUUUUGUGCGAGCAGGCUUAUUCAAUGGCACAAAAUUUGGACCCUAACAGCGAUGGUAGGGGUGUUCUUCAGUUUAAGACUGGCUUGAUGUCUGUGAUUAAGCAAAAACUUGCCAAAAGGGAUGGGGCUCGAAUAGAUCGUAAUCGUGAUGCUGAACGCUUGUGGGAAUUUUAUCAACAGUAUAAGAGACGACACAGAGUGGAUGAUAUCCAAAGAGAGGAACAAAGAUUGCGGGAAUCUGGGACUUUUAGUGCUAAUAUGGGAGAUUUGGACCGUAGAUAUUUGGAAAUGGAAAUGAGAAACGUAUUUGCUACCUUGAGGGCCCUGGUUGAGGUUAUGGAGGCAUUAAGCAAAGAUGUGGCUCUUGAUGGAGUGGGACAGCUUAUAAUGGAGGAGUUGAGAAAGAUCAAGAAGUCAGACGCUCCAUUAGCAGGAGAGCUCACAUCAUACAAUAUUGUCCCGUUGGAAGCAUCCUCACUUACUAAUGCCAUUGGAUUUUUUCCAGAAGUUAGAGGUGCUAUAUCUGCAAUUAGAUAUACUGAACAGUUCCCUAGGCUUCCUACUCCUUUUGAGAUAUCUGGACAGCGGGACAUGGACAUGUUUGAUCUUCUGGAAUAUGUGUUUGGUUUUCAGAAAGACAACAUAAGGAACCAGCGUGAGAAUGUUGUUCUUACCAUAGCAAAUGCACAAUCCCGACUUGGUAUACCUGUUGAAGCUGAUCCCAAAAUAGAUGAAAAAGCUAUUACAGAGGUUUUCUUGAAGGUCCUGGAUAACUACAUCAAAUGGUGUAGAUAUUUACGGAUACGCCUAGUGUGGAACAGUUUAGAAGCAAUCAAUAGGGACAGGAAGCUUUUUUUGGUUUCGUUGUACUUCCUCAUUUGGGGUGAAGCUGCAAAUGUCCGGUUUCUUCCAGAAUGCAUUUGCUAUAUAUUUCACCAUAUGGCAAGAGAGUUAGAUGCAAUAUUGGACCAUGGAGAAGCUAAUCGAGCUCCUAGUUGUAUUAGUAAAAAUGGUUCAGUGUCCUACCUUGAGCAAAUCAUUUGUCCGAUAUACGAGACAAUAUCAGCGGAAGCUGCUAUAAACAAUAAUGGGAAGGCUGCACACUCAGCAUGGCGAAACUAUGAUGAUUUUAAUGAAUAUUUUUGGUCACCUGCAUGCUUUGAGUUGAACUGGCCCAUGAAAAAGGAUUCGUCAUUUCUGUUGAAGCCCAAAAAGUCCCAAAGGACUGGGAAAAGCACAUUCGUUGAGCAUCGGACAUAUCUUCACUUGUACCGAAGUUUUCAUCGCAUGUGGGUUUUUUUAAUUGUAAUGUUCCAGGUGUUGACAAUUAUAGCCUUUAAUGAUGGGAAGAUUAAUCGCAAUACAUUUAUAACAAUUCUCAGCAUUGGUCCAACUUUUGCAAUAUUGAACUUCUUGGAAAGCUGUCUGGACGUCCUCCUUAUGUUUGGAGCUUACUCCUCUGCGAGAGCCAUGGCCAUAUCAAGGCUGGUUAUUAGGUUUUUCUGGGGUUGCUUGACCUCUCUUUUUGUGACAUAUGUCUACGUGAAAGUUUUGCAAGAAAGGAGUAGAAGUACCUCAGAUUCAUUCUAUUUCCGGAUUUAUAUACUUGUGUUGGGUGUUUAUGCUGCUUUACGCCUAGUUUUUGCAAUUUUGCUGAAGUUGCCCGCAUGUCAUGCCUUGUCUGAAGUGUCUGAUCAGUCAUUUUUUCAAUUUUUCAAGUGGAUUUAUCAGGAGCGAUACUUUGUAGGCCGUGGUCUUUAUGAAAGGACCAGUGAUUAUAUAAGGUAUGUGUUCUACUGGUUGGUGAUCUUUGGGUGCAAAUUCUCAUUUGCCUACUUUCUCAUGAUUCAACCCCUGGUGGAUCCCACCAAUACUAUUGCGAACCUUCCAGCACUGCCAUACUCAUGGCAUGAUUUGUUCUCAAAGAACAAUAAUAACAUCCUGACCAUAGUUAGCCUUUGGGCUCCUGUUGUGGCUAUAUAUCUCAUGGACAUUCACAUAUUUUACACUAUCUUAUCUGCGGUUGUUGGUGGUGUAACUGGUGCAAGGGCUCGGUUAGGCGAGAUACGUUCAAUUGAAAUGUUGCAUAAACGCUUUGAGAGUUUUCCAGAAGCUUUUGUCAACAAUCUUGUCUCAUCACCGACAAAAAGGAUACCUUUUAACAGACAAUCAUCUCAGAGUUCCCAAGAUACCAACACGACACUUGCAGCCAUCUUUUCACCAUUUUGGAAUGAGAUAAUCAAAAGCUUGAGAGAGGAAGAUUACAUUAGCAAUAGGGAGAUGGACUUGCUUUCUAUGCCUAGCAAUGCUGGAAGCCUGAGAUUAGUUCAAUGGCCGUUGUUUCUUCUCAGCAGUAAGAUCUUGUUGGCUAUUGAUUUAGCUCUGGAUUGCAAAGAUACACAAUCUGAUCUUUGGAGUAGAAUAUGCAGGGAUGAGUAUAUGGCAUAUGCUGUUAAGGAGUGCUACUAUAGCGCUGAAAAAAUUUUGCUUUCCUUGGUUGAUGGAGAAGGGAGACUUUGGGUUGAAAGGAUUUUUCGUGAGAUCAACAGUAGUAUAUUGGAGAAUUCACUUGUAAUAACCUUAACUCUUAAGAAGCUGCCAGCGGUUCUUCAAAAAUUUACAGCAUUGACCGGGCUCCUGAUGCGGGAUGAUCCUGAACUUGCAAAAGGUGCUGCCAAAGCCACAUAUGAGCUGUAUGAGGUUGUUACACAUGAUCUGCUGUCAUCGGAUUUGAGAGAGCAGCUUGAUACCUGGCAUAUAUUGGCACGAGCAAGAAAUGAAGGGCGCCUAUUUUCUAGGAUCGAAUGGCCUAAAGAUCCUGAAAUUAAGGAGCAGGUGAAACGGUUGCACCUAUUUCUGACUGUGAAGGAUUCUGCAGCAAAUAUUCCAAAGAAUCUUGAAGCGAGAAGAAGAUUAGAGUUUUUCUCAAAUUCGUUAUUUAUGGACAUGCCUCCAGCAAGGCCAGUUUUUGAAAUGAUGCCAUUCAGUGUCUUCACUCCAUACUACAGCGAGACUGUACUUUAUAGUUCCUCCGAGUUGGUGGCUGAAAAUGAAGAUGGAAUAUCUAUUAUUUUCUAUCUGCAAAAGAUUUUUCCAGAUGAAUGGGCAAAUCUUUUGGAACGAAUCGGUCGACCUGAUGCUGGGGAAGUUGAACUUCAAGAAAACCCUACUGAUUCGUUGGAGCUCCGGUUUUGGGCAUCUUAUCGAGGCCAAACUCUAGCUAGGACUGUACGUGGGAUGAUGUAUUAUAGAAGGGCAUUAAUGCUACAAAGUUAUCUGGAAAGGAGAUCAUUGGGAGAGGAUGAGUAUUCUCAAAUGAAUUGCCUCACCACACAAGGUUUUGAGUUGUCACAUGAAGCCAGGGCUCAAGCUGAUUUAAAGUUUACUUAUGUGGUUUCAUGCCAAAUAUAUGGCCAACAAAAACAACAGAAGCGGCCUGAGGCAGCUGAUAUUGCUCUUUUGUUGCAAAGGAAUGAAGCACUUCGAGUCGCUUUCAUUCAUGUGGAAGAGAGUGGUGCAGCAGAUGGGAAGGUUGCCAAGCAAUUUUAUUCAAAGCUUGUUAAAGCUGAUGUCCAUGGGAAGGAUCAGGAAAUAUAUUCCAUUAAACUUCCUGGAGAUCCAAAACUGGGAGAAGGGAAGCCUGAAAACCAGAACCAUGCUAUAGUCUUCACUCGAGGGGAAGCUGUUCAAACCAUCGACAUGAAUCAGAUUAGAGUAGAGAAUGGUGGCAGUGCCCUUCAUCUGAAAGAACUGGAUAACUACCUAGAGGAGGCAAUGAAAAUGAGAAAUCUUCUUGAUGAAUUUCGAGGAAAUCAUGGCCUUCGAUCUCCGACUAUUCUUGGUGUAAGAGAACACGUGUUUACGGGAAGUGUUUCUUCCUUAGCGUGGUUUAUGUCCAAUCAAGAGACUAGUUUUGUGACAUUGGGCCAACGUGUUUUGGCAAAACCUCUCAAGAACUGCGUUGGCCAAGAAGGGUGGGCCAAAUCUAGGAGCGUUUCAUGGAUCUUGUGGUGGUUAUUGCAUAGAGCUUCUUUCCCUUUUGGUUGGAAGGAAAUAUCUUCCUUGUUUACAUUUGGUUUUCUUUUGGUUCAUGGAGACCAGGCAAAUAUGUGA